GCGUGUUUCGCAUCGCGGGUUAAAGCGCCACGACUAUCGUAUAUAUACGAUACAAUCAUACAUAUAUGUAUAAAUAACGAUACAUACUCACAUGUAUGAUACGCGUAACGCAGUGCAGUGAGAGAAAUUUAUCCGCGUUGUGUUUUAACAGAUGCAUACGUGUGUACUUUUGUAAAUAUUUAUGCAUGUGUACAGUAUGAAUGUGUGCACGCACACGUGAUUCAUGCAUGUAUAAUAACGUGCACAUUAUAAAACUCACGAGAGUUACGCAAGUGCCUGACGUACCGCGGUUCUGUGUUUGCAAUUUUAAUUUUCCUUGAUUCGUUCGCCAAGAAGCCCCGAAGCAGCUGCGCAUUGGAUUUAUUUAAUUUGUGUAUUUUUAUACAUAUGUAUGUGUAUUACACGAUGUAUAUAUGCGUACGUAAUUUGGGAUUAUCAUCACGUCGCUGUCAUUACGAUUAAGAUGAUAACGAUGGAUGCUGCAUACGGGACGAGAUCGUAGAGGGUGGAGGAGGUGUGCCGCGUGUAUCGCUUGUCGGCACUUCUGACAGGAUCAGGAUUAUAAUAAUAUACACGCUCUGACCUUCGACCGGUGAGAAAGAGGCGAUACGAGGCUUUUGUCCGCUGCAGCUCGGGAAGCGUGAACUUUGUACUACCAUGGAUAACGCAUGAAGGAUAAAUCGGCUCGGAAACUCGAAUUUCUCGGCAUGAAAAUAUCCGUACCAGCGAUUUUAAUGAACGAGAAAUGGAGAUAGUCAAAAGCCGGCUGAUCGCAUGCGAGGAAGAAAUAAUUGAUACAUUGAAACGUCGACUACGAUGAUUUCGCUACCCCGAAACCUAGCCGCUACGUAGCGAGACUCUGCUCCGGGUUAAACGGCACACAGUAUGCCGUAUGUGCGACAACUUCUCGGGUUCCUCGCCCUGAUCUUGGGGGCGAGUUUUGCCUGGGGUUUUGUAGCCAGCGAACCGCGCCCUCCGUGUCACGUUUACAACGCCGUUACGCGGUGUUACAACGUCCAGAUACCGGAUUUGGAGAAUUACCUGCUUGAUAUCGAAGAGGAGGCCAGCCACACGCUCGAGAUAACGCAUUCGAACUUGAGCGUGCUCAGCAGGGAGCCGUUCCACGUUAAGAGGAACUGGGAGGUGUUGUACAUGGCGACAAACGGCAUCGCCGAAAUCGAGUACGACGCAUUUAUGAAGCUGGAAAAGGUGAUAACGAUAAACCUCGAACGAAAUCUGCUGACGUCGCUGAAUCCCAGGACGUUCACCUACUGUUAUUUACUCGUUAAGUUAAUAUUAAGCUACAACCCGUUGACGUUGAGCGACGAGGAAUCGUUCCUUGAGGCGAACCAGCUCCAGUACCUCGACAUCUCGUUCACCGACGUGAAGAACCUGCCGCUGAACACCUUCAAGUUUCUCCUCAAACUGAGGUACCUGAACAUCUCAAACAACCAGCUCGAGGUACUCGACAACGAGGUAUUCGCCCCUCUCCUCCACCUCGAGGUCCUAGACAUCAACAACAACAACUUCAAGGUAAUCGACUACAAGGUAUUCUCGAUCCACAGCCUGACCCACCUCUACAACGACUGGGUCUGCGACUGCAACUUCAAGAUCGUGUUCUACAGAAUAUUCGAGAAUGUCACCCUCGCUCACGACGCGGUGCGAUGCUCGGAGAACGGCACUUGGACGGAGAUGAAGGCCCUCGAAUGCAGCCACUACGUGCCCAACAAAACCCUCUACAACAACCUCGAGGAGUACUGGGCGGCAACCGGGGUCGGGAAGCAGAUUUCACCGAUCGAGGAGACCGUCAUACCUCCCGACAUACUGCUAGUCAUUCUCUCAUCCGUGAUCGUUUUCCUAAUACUGAUACUCACCCUGGUCCUGUUAUGCUGGUGUCGGACGAGGAACAAGGUGAAGAUCAAUCAUCCCGAGGAGCACAGCUUGGACACCAGCUGGCAGUACGGCACUGUCUCGUUGCACAGGGCCGGCUACGAUCCUGGCAAAGGUGCGAGUGCCGGUACCCCGACCGUGUCGGCGCCGAUCCUUCAGAAUUCGACGAUCGAGGGAAUACCGAUGACGAGUAUAAGGCCCACCGCCCCGAGGAUGGCCGACGUUUAUCAGAGGAUAGAUCCAGGGGAGCAUGACGUUAGCUAUUCCGAUCAGGAAGCCGACGACGUUGCCUUGUACGAACGGAUGCAUUGAUAACGUCCGAGUUUGACGCGUUUGCAGGAUGAUAUCACCUUUAAAAUUUUUCUUCCCUUAAUAAUAAUAAUAACAACAACAACAACAACGAUAAUAUUAAUAAUGAGUAUUGUGAUAAUAUGAAAGAAAAGAAAGAAUUGCGUUUAAGUAAGCUUACCCUUUUCCUCCGCCCUUUCAAGUGUCUCAACGAGGACUGUUUUCACAUGACUUGAUACUCCAGAUUUUUUUUUCGCUUGUUUUAUUUCUUCGUUGUUUCUCCUGCGGCGUAACGGCAGGAAAUUGCGUCACUGAUAUUAGAUUUCCGGUCAGAUCGCUUCGGGUUCAACCACUGCCUCCUUUCUUACAAAUACCUCGGGUUGUAUUCUCGUCAUACUUAUCAAGUUCUUUGAAUGCGUAUUUCUUCCUGUAGAGCACGGUGUGGAUUUAUCUCUUUUCCGGUUCUCUACGGAAGUUAUAUAUAGUUAUCUUGCUGGACUUUGACGCCUGACGUAGACUUCGCCCGAUGAGUUAUCCGCUGGCGUUUGACUAUCUAGAAA